AUGUAAUUAGAACACUUUUUCUAGCUGGAAAACUCUCCUCAUUUUCACUGUCAUCCGUGCAAGAAUGAUUUGAUUUGAAGGUCAGGUUUUCUGCAGACCCACUUGUGCUGGAAGGAGAUCCUGCGUGCCACUGCGAAGUUAAGCUGGAAUUCUUAGAUGUUUGCCAGCACAAGGAAGAAUUUAUUUUCCGAGAUCUUUGCGAGAUACUGAACUAGAAGAAAGCAGUCACUAGUUCGUCAGGCCAACAAAUGUCUGUACUUCUUACCAAAGAAACUUUGGAUCUCUGCUUUCUCACUUAAAAGCAGCUGGUAUGAAGAGGACUAUAUAUUGAAUGCAGAUGAGAUGCCGACGCGCCGGUGAGCAGCGACGGGGAGAGCGGUAGAGCCCAUGGGCUAGAGGAGGCGAGGACCCGGCUUGGUGUCUCUGAGCAGGAUCCGGACGAGCCUGAGCUGAGCAUGCCAGAGCCAGCGCCUCUCGGCGUGGACAAGAAAGUGGCGGAGAAGAAGCGGGCGGAGAAGGUGGGAGCCAAAGGCAGCGCUACUGCGCCUCCAGUCCCCAGGAGCCUCCCAGUGCAGAGGAAGGUGGAGCCCCCCAGCCUGGACCCCGCGGAGGAGCCGCUCCUCUGGGAAGGGCUCACCCUCAACAAGUGCAUCCUGGUGGCCUCCGUCGUCGCCCUGCUCAGCGUCACCUUCCAGGUGCUCCAAGCGCCAUGCUCCAGGGAGGGAAUCAGCCGUGGCAGGCAGGACCCUCCACCGCCUCCCCUUCACGAGGUGGUCAGCGCCAAGGAGGAGGAGGUCCAAGAAGUGGUGACUGCCCAGCCUGCCCAGCCGGAGAGCAGCAUGUUCGAGGCCGGUGAUGGUGAUGAUGUUGGUGAUGACGGCGAUGAUGACGACGAGGCUGACAGCAACCUGGCAGAGCCCUGGAUCUUCAAGAAGUGGUUUGGCCGCUCAACACCAAAGGAUGAGGAUGAGGAUGAGGAUGAGGAUGAGGAUGAGAAUGAGAAUGAGAAUGAGAAUGAGAAUGAAGAGCCUGUGGAUGUCCCCGAGGAGCCACCAGCUGUGAUGGAGGUGAAGAAGAGCCGGGAGAAGAAGCCAGAGAAGAAGGAGGAGAAGGCCCGGGAGGGUCGUGCCGCCCAGGCGGAGCGGAGCAGCCGGAGGGAGGCACGAGCCAAGGACAGGGCACAGGGGGACAAGCCCAGCAGAGCCCCCAGGGCCCCCCGGGAGCCGGAGCAGCAGCCCCAGAGGAAGCGGGGCCGGGAGGGGAAGGAGAGCCAGCGGGAGCGGGACGAGCCCAGGAAGGAGGGGUGGAAGGGCCGUCCUGGCAGGACCGACGGCGGCAGGGAGAGCCCGAAGCGGGACUGGCGGCAGCAGAAGGGCAGGAAGCCCUGGGAGCCGGUGGCCACCCCGGGGAAGGACGGCACCGCCAGGCACAGGGAGGGCAAGAGGCGCGACUGAGGCUGGGGCGACCGGGGGGCUGGAUGAUGCUGAAUCCAGGGGGGUCCAACCCCGCUGCCGCCCCCAGCAAGGGCACCCUGCUGCUCCCUGCCUGCUCUCCAGGGACAUCCAUCCCCGGGCAGCGCUCCAGGAUCGCCGAGCAGCGGCAGAGCGGCCCGAGAGCCUGGCACAAGCCUCCCCAGGGACUUUGGGCCCCCCUGGAUUAAACACACAAAGGCAACCUGAAAGGACCGGGGGAAGGAGCGUCUUCGUCUGGGCUUCAUGCUAUUUCUCCAUCCCCACCCAAAAAUCCCCCUUGCAGCUGGUUUUUCACUCGCGGUCCCCAAGGCAUCGGGGCGGCGCAGUGGGCACAGGGAUCCCCGUGAACAGAGUUUGGCUCCAGACUGUGUAGCUCUUCGCUUCAGUUAAUGGUUUUAUUUAAAGCAAAUCAAGAGAGAAGUGGAUUCGGGGUUAAGGAAGCCAGGCUGCAGCCGUCCUCGGAGGGAUGUUGGGGGAAUGACCUCGCCGGACCCCGGUGCCAUCGCUGCGGGGUGAUGCGAAGCUUGCUGGUAACACAAGAGGGCUGGAGAGCCCAUCACCCGGGGAUCCCUUCGGGCCUUCCCUUCCCAGAGUCGCUUUUAGGAACGGAACACAAGUGCAAUAUCACGCAGCGCUGUAGCAACUACAGGAGACGUUCACAGCCCCAACCCACGGCAGGUUUCAGUAUUUGCUAAAUCAAUAGAGGUUAAAAUAAACUAUUUUCAUUUUUAAUAAG